AUGAGCACGACGAUACCCAACAGCACCAUCAGCGCAUCGCUGGCCAGCGCGUCCAUCAGCCCUGGGAACAUGACCACAAGCAACGUCUCUGCCAACGCUGGGCCGCAGAUGAAUUCGACGUUGACCGGUGCUCCUGCUCCUCCCUCAAAUGGCAUUCAAGACUCGAUGGUGACGCUGCUCACUUUUGGCCCGCUAUCCUCCUGCAUCGAGCUGCCAGACCUAUCCGGCAUCACUUCACCGCUCAAACCCAACCUGUCUGAAGCUGUUCGGGCCCAAGUCUUGCACGACUGGCUCGUGUCCUUGCCGACAAAGCCUUCGUGCACGUCCUUCUCGUGGACCUUUCGACCGGACUAUUUUCUCCAUCUCGAUGCGAUGACGACUUUUCAAGCCGAGCUCGAGCAGCUCUUUCCGUCCGUUAGCAACUCAACCGCAGCAUCGACAUCCACGCAAACCAACAGCACCUUCUUCAGCAACAUCGCCGAUACCAGCGCGCCAGCGGCGACACCGACCGGCACACCGUUGCCCGAGACGCUGCCGCUCUGGAUCGGAAUCACCAUCGCUUGCACCACAUUGGUGCAUCUUCUCGCGCUCAUCCUGCACGUCUGCUCCGAGCUUGACAGUCUAUUCCCUUCCUUUGCUGAGAAGCUCGAAGCCAAGCCCGAGGAGGAGACGUUACCGAGUCACGCGGUGAACGAAAGCUUGACCACGCUCGUCGAAGCCAAACCCGACGUCAGCACCGACGAAAAGCCGUCCGAUCCACCACAGUACACCGCUCCAACAUCGGACACCGUCAAGCCUGCCCCGGAGAAAAGCAACCCGAUGCAUGGCGGGCUGCAGGAGACACCAAGCUUGAUCCGCAUUUCCCGCCAGGCCAAAAGGCUGGUGGUGCCGCUGCUGCUCGUUUCGGCACUGAUGCUGAUCGGUGUGGCUGUGGUGCUCAACGCCAAGUUUGCGGUUGGGCCUGUAGCAGGAUUCUCGAGCUCAGAUGGCAGCACAGGGGUUCUCACAUCGAGUCCCGGGGCGACUUCGAGCGUCAGUGCUGCUGUGCCUGUCUCGAGUGUCAGUACGGCUUCAACUGUCACAACGAGCGAUGUGAUCAACUCUACGAGGGCCAAUAGCGACGGUGCCCGUGACUCUAGGCCUGCUGCCAGCAACGAUGUUGCGGCGCCUACUCCCGCAGCAGACGCUGUCACAAAAAGCCCAGCACCACCCAUCGACAUGCCCUCGCCGACGGCUAGCAUGGUACGCAUCGUCAAGCGACAAACAAACUUCUUCCCCGCCCCUUCUUCUUCGGACUCACCCGUGCCACCUGCUCCUACACCCGUCUCCUCCCCUGCUGCUCCUUCUGAAGCUGCACCCUCGAGCUCACUUCCCAACGCAUCGCUCUUUCCCACCACUCUGCCCUCCACUUCCCCUUCACCCACACCCACUGCACUCUCAAGCACCACCUCUCCUCGACAGAGCACCGAAAGCAGUGGAACCCCAACUCCCGCACCCGCACCGGCGGCGCGCUUCGUGCUCCAGCGUGGAGAUUCGACCCACCGCCUCUGGUGGAUCGUCAUGCUGGAUCUCCUGCUGUGGUUUGUCCAGCGUCGUCGCACGCGCACGCAGACCGCAAUGGACAAAGCGAGGAAGGUCGUGUUGAAGCAGCUCGGCGGUCGGCAUGUUGGAUAG